AUAGCUGGGGACAGCUGGCACUGCGGGGCAUCACCACAGACCAUGGUGAUAGCUGGGGACAGUAGGGACAGCAGGGCAUCACCGGGCACUGCGGGGGCAGCUGGCGACAGCGGGCAUCACCAGGGACCAGCAGGUAUCCCUGGGCAUCACCAGGCACUGCAGGGACAGCUGGGCACCGUGGGGACUGCAGGGAUCACCGGGAAUAGCAGGGACAAGCAGGGACAGGCAGGUACCACCGGGGACAAGCAGCACCACUGGGCAUCCCCAGGCAUCCCUGGUCACUGCAGGGGUAGCCAGACUCUGUGGGGACAGCGGGGACAGCCAGCACUGCUGGACAUCACCAGGCAUGACUGGGCACUGCAGGGGUAGCCAGACACUGAGGACAGCAGGGACAAGCAGGUGCCACCAGGGACAGCAGGAAUAGUCGUGCAUGACUGCGUAUCACCAGGCACUGCAGGGAUAUCCAGGCACCAUGAGGAGAGCAGGAACAGCGAGGACAGUGGGCAUCACUGGGCACUGGUAUAGCAGUCACUGCCAGGCAUCACCGGGACACCAGAGCACUGCUGGGAAUCACCAGGCACCAUGGGGACAACUGGGUAUCACUGGGCAUCACCAGGCACGGCUAGGUGCCACAGUCACGCAUUUGCAGGCACGGCUGGAUGCCACCAGGCACCACUCAGUGCCCUGGUGGGCUCAGUUGUGCCCAGGAGCCGCGGGGUCCUCUCUCCCACAGCACCAGCCCCCUCAAGCCCGCCUGCCCGUCCCCUCCUCGCCGCAGCUGUGACUGGUGACAGGGACAGCUAAAAAUAGCUCUGGCGGCCAUGGCUGCCCAGUGCCGCCUCACCGCCCGCUUCCACCACGUCCACGGUGCUAAUGUCCGCCUGGAUGCCUCACGCACGCGAGCUACACGAGUGGAGAGCUUCGCCCAUGGGCUCUGCUUCAGCCAGGAGCCGCUGGCGCCCGGGCAGAUCUUCCUGGUAGAGAUCGAGGAGAAGGAGCGGGGCUGGUGCGGGCACCUGCGUGUGGGGCUGACGGCCCUCGACCCGCAGCACCUGCAGCCUGUGCCCGAGUACUCACUGCCGGACCUGGUCAACAUGGGUGACACCUGGGUAUUUGCCAUCACCCGGAGCCACAAUCGUGUGGUGGCAGAGGGGGAGGUGGCACAGGGCCCCCCCGGGGACCCUUUCUUGCUGGCAGAGCGGGUGCGCAUCCCGCGGGACACUCUGGUGGGGCGCAGCAGGCCUGGACGCUACAGCCAUAUCCUAGACGAGCUGUACAGGACGAACGUGCUGCCCGCCACCGCCCGGCGCAGCCGCAUCGGUGUGCUGUAUGCCCCGCAGCCUGAUGGCACUGCCGACAUGCACAUCGUCAUCAACGGUGAAGACAUGGGGCCCAGCGCCCGGCACCUGCCCACUACUCGCCCACUCUACGCCGUGGUCGACGUCUUCGCCUCCACCAAGAGUGUCCGGGUGAUCCCAGUGGAAGACGGCUUCCCGUCCCUGCAGACGCUCUGCCGGGUGGUCAUCCAGAAGCACAUUGUCCACCGCGUGGCCAUCGAUGGCCUCGACCUGCCUGCACCACUGAAGAGCUUCUGCGAGCAUGAGUGAGGUGUGGAUGGCACUGCUGGCUGACCCUACGCCAACAGCCCCUGUGGGCUCCGUGCCCCUGCUGCCCUGCCAGGGCCCGCGGCGCCACCGGACCAGCAGCCGACACGGGAGCAUGGGCAGGGAUUCCCCAUCCGGAGGGCUGGUGCACGGCAGGAAAGUGGCACAGAGUGGGCAAUAAAGCACUUCCAGGCAGAGUGACUGUGCC